GGAUUUUGGACAUACAGGCGUGUUUUUGAGCGAUGCGUUUCUGUCCUCUUGGGUUUUUUAAUUCCAAUAGAUGUUGUAUUUUAUCUGGCCUUAAAUACAAUGGAAAGCCUCAUUUUCUUAUAAAAUGUAGAGAAAUAAAUGCCAAAAGUGAUUUCCAUUUAGCGGAAACAACCAAGCAGUCUUUAGUUUACGAGAGUCCACAUCGUAGACUUGUUCUAGGCGCUAAGACAUUUUCAAUGGUGUCCAGUUCACUUGUUCUUUUAUCACAACCCUUUUUAUUUUUCCAAAUUCCUGACCCAAAAGUAUUCUGUGUCGCUCUUUUUGGUGGCAUGCUGUUUUCUCUUUCCACCCCGCUCUUGCUGCACUUUUUGACAAGCAGUCAUGUUACAGAACUAUACUAUGACAAGAAAAACAACAAAUUUACUGCUUUCCUGAAGGGAAUAUUUCUCAACACCAAGAAGUUGGAGUUUACUGCCGAGGAUGUCAAAUACAUCGAACCGACCUUCACUAUGGCAAGCAUUAUGGCCAAAGGUGUACCGUUAUUUGUUUCAGAAGAUCACUUCAAAGAUAUUGAAGUUUAUAAACAAUUAGUGCGAUUUAAUGAGCCAGUAGAUGUAAAGAAAUUUGAAUAAAAUCUUUCUAGUUAUAUUCCACCUUUUGGUCUCUUGUUAGAUAUACUGGUUAUUCCUCGCUGCCUGUUGAUUUCCUACCCCUAUGCAUAGGGAGACAGAAA